AUGGCUCCACGGAAGCCGAAUUUUGGUGUAUACACACCAUUGGUGACCUUCUUUGCCAAAGACGAAUCUCUUGAUCUUGAAAGCACCUUGACACAUGCAAAUCGUAUGGCUGAAGGCGGUGUCGUUGGACUUGUUCUUCAAGGCAGUAACGGCGAAGCACCGCAUCUGGAUCACGACGAUCGUAAAUCCCUUGUUCGCGCGGUGCGCAGCCAUCUCAACGGGUUGGGGCAUGCGCAAAUCCAGCUGAUCGUUGGUUGUGGCGCACCCAGCGUCCGAGAAACACUGACGCAUAUCACCGAGGCUGAGGAGUCCGGCGCCGACUUUGCAUUGGUCUUGCCCCCGUCAUAUUGGGUCGCAGCCAUGACCCCUCCUGUGGUCGAAGGGUUCUUCAACGAGGUAGCAUCCCGCUCCCCACUUCCAAUCCUGAUCUACAACUUCCCUGGUGUCACCGGUGGUAUCGACAUAAGUUCCGACUCGAUCAUCAGGCUGGCCCAGUCCAACUCCAAUAUUGUCGGUUGCAAGCUCACCUGCGGCAAUGUCGGUAAGCUGCAGCGUAUCUCAUCCACCCUGUCUGCAGACUCCUUUGCCGCGUUCGGAGGAAAGUCGGAUUUCUUCCUGCCCGCCUUAGUAGCAGGAUCCAACGGAAUCAUCGCGGCUCUUGCCAACAUUGCCCCAAAACUGCACGUGGAAGUGCUGAGGAGAUAUGAGAAUGGUGACAUCAAGGGUGCGCAAGAGCUCCAAUCCCGACUCAGUCAUGCAGACGACGCCCUCGUUAAAGUGGGCGUGACUGGUGUCAAAGCCAUCGUAUCUCAUUAUUUCGGGUAUGGUUCAGGGCAAGGACGUAAGCCCCUGGGAUGCCCUACCGUGGAUGCCUUUAGUGCAAGUGCUCUGGACCCCAUUGAGAGGGUGGUUGAUCUGGAGAAAAUGUGUGAAUAUACCAUGGGCCUGCGGUGUAGAAGCAGUUCAAUGGAAUAA